AUGUUUACUUACUGGGCAACUGGAGCUACCUUAGGUGUGUUGGCUAUAUUACUUGUUUUAUUCCUAUUACUUUUGUGUCUUCCAUGGCAUAAGUGUGAUCGAUACUGUUCUUGCUGUCGUUGUUGGCUUUUUAGUUCAAAUGAGAAUAUUCACAGACAGUCAGAUGAUGCAUUUCGUGCAGCCAGAAUGCCUGGAGAGUACCCUAUGCCAAUGUUUGACUUCAUCCCACCAUCUGCUUUGCCCAAAUUACCAAACUACGAAGAAUGUUUAAAUACUGGGCCACCAGCGAAUGAUGAAGCUCCACCUCCGCCAACUCCACUUUCUUUUUAUUCAGUUAAUUCAAAUGGUCAAUCAGCUUUACGUCUUACUAUCCACAGUCAACCCGAUUUAGUUGCUCAUAAUCGCAGUUCCCAAGCACUUGCUAGUCCUUUAUCCACACCUCCACCGACUUAUUCGUCAACUUGUUUGCAAAGGCCAUCAACGACGAGUCGAACAGGUGAAGAUACAUCUAGAAUAGUUGAGAACUCAUCUCAUACAACAUCAAGGCAAUUAUCGGUGGACCGUUAA